CAGAAGUGUAUUGGUGCUUGGGUGUACAGUAGGUGGCUCAUGUAACGGGAAAGCUCAGCUAAUUUUAGAAGAGGACAGCUGUCAUUAGACUUUUAGCGACACAAAUAAAAUGUAUUAUUUUUUAAAAGUCAGAAAUAUACAGUUACUCAUACAGUGACUGUCGGAUAGCCCAAAAGAUUAUUAAACUCACAGUUUUACUUAUAGUUCAGGCAGCAUCUUAAGGGUAAAUCUAUUAACCGGUAUAGAUUGACAGUUUUCAGACUUGUCUUCAGUCGGGGAAACACAGAGCAGUGGCAGGUGUGGUCUUGGCCAUGUGCUCGGCGGACCGGGAGGCAGGGACGUCCCUGCAGCAGCUGAAACGACUCGCCGGCAGCUGUAUCGACGCGGCUCGGGACAGGCUGUGCGCCUUGAGCAGGGACAUAUGGAGCUGCCCCGAGCUCGCUUACGAGGAGAAGAAGUCCCACGACAUCCUGGUCCGUUUCUUCCAGGAGGAGAAGGGCUGGAGCGUCGAGCCCCAUUACAAACUGGACACCGCGUUCCGGGCGACCUGGGGACCCACCGGCGGCGGCGGCGAGGAUGGGGAGAGUUGUCUAAACAUCGGGUUCCUCUGCGAGUACGACGCCUUGCCAGAAAUCGGCCACGCAUGCGGGCAUAACCUGAUCGCAGAGGUCGGUGCAGCCGCAGCCAUUGGGUUAAAAGGUGUGCUGGAAAGCAUGGGCGAUCCUUCCGUCCGAGUGAAGGUGACGGCGAUCGGGACUCCGGCGGAGGAGGACGGGGGAGGGAAGAUCGACCUGAUGGAAGCCGGGGCGUUCGAGGGCUUGGACGUGGUGUUCAUGGCUCACCCUUCUCAGGAGGAUGCUGCCUACCUCCCUGACAUGGCGGACCACGAUGUGACUGUGAAGUUCUACGGAAAGCCUUCCCAUGCUGCCGCUUACCCCUGGCAGGGGGUCAACGCGUUAGAUGCCGCGGUUCUUGCUUAUAACAACUUGUCUGUGCUGAGACAGCAGUUGAAACCUGACUGGAGACUCCAUGGCAUCAUCAAGCACGGCGGAGUGAAGCCCAACAUCAUCCCGGCCUAUUCCGAGAUGGUGUUUUACCUGCGGACGCCGAAGCGCUGGGACCUGCCUGUUCUCCGAGAGAAGGCCGAGAGGUGCUUCAGGUCCGCGGCCUGCGCAACGGGCUGCCAAGUUGAGCUUCAGUAUGCGGCACAUGAAUACCACAAUGUUCUUCCUAUUAAAACGCUUCAUCGCCUCUAUGAGGAGAAUGGAAAGUUACUUGGUAUCGAAUUUACAACUGAUGAGGAAGUCCUAACUACUUCUUCAGGCUCCACAGAUUUUGGCAAUGUGUCACAAGUAGUUCCAGGAAUCCACCCCUAUUUUUACAUCGGCUCCGAAGCACUAAAUCACACAGAAGAGUAUACUGCUGCCGCCGGUUCAGAGAAGGCUCAGUUUUACACCCUGAGAACUGCUAAAGCCCUGCUGAUGACGGCCCUGGACCUGAUUUUCAGCCCGGAGCUGCUGAAGCAGGUGAAGGAGGAUUUUGCGCUGGCCAAGCGGAGUGAGGAAAGACAGCUGCGAAGGAGAGAACAGGGCAGAGAGUCAAACUCUGUGCACUGCAGUGGGGCGUCUCAGUGAACCAGAGCACCAGGCUGCUGUCCAGCCAGGCACCUGCUUUUAUUCACUGUUCACCAUCACUGUAACACUCUUUCUACUGUCAAACAUUGUACCAGUGGCCUUUUGUACUACAUAUGCUGCAUAGACUUUUUUUUUGCUUGAGACUUUUUAUAGUGUGUUACCUUUACAACUUUGAUAUUUUAUUGGAUUGUGACGUGCAAGCUCUCCUGAUGGAGCUUUUAAGGACUGACAGUGGAAAUAAGGGUGGCAUCUUUCCUUUUUGUUUUACUUUUUAAUGAAUCGUCAGGCAGCAGCUUGUCCAGGCAAGCCUGGGUACUGACCGGGAGCACAAUGUGAACGCUGGCCAUUGCUCCACACCUCCUGCUACAAGAGGACAUAUUUAAUCCACCAAAGACGCACCGGCCUCAGGAAAGCCAACCUGGAAAAUCCCUCCUCAACAAGGCUCAUCCAACACCCUCCUGGCCUUCACCUCCCAAGACAAAAGUGCUGCACUCUGAACUGCUUUAGGACUCAGACUAAAUUAAAGACUAAAUUUAGGACUUAGACUUAGACUAACUUCAAAGAGAAGCUUCAGGAGAGGAGUCUCGAAGAAUCCUAGUCAAGUCUCAAAGCCAAGGCAGGUAAUAUUUAAGGCAGAGAGGUUGGUGAGUGGAAGGACCUCUGUUCAAUUAUAGUGAGGUUUUGAAUUGCUUGUUAUUUUUAAUCUCGCUGAUGCUUUAAGUGAAAGCAUUUAUACUCAUUUAUAGACUUGUUGAGAAGAACAGAUCACUUUGAUGGCUUUGAACUGUGAGGGAACUCCAGAUAGGCUGGAGGCCUGUAGAUAUUAAAUACAAAUAUCACCCAUUUUUGGGGGAAAAAAAAAGUACUGUAUUUAGCAGGACACUUUAGGUUGGUAGUACACUAAAAAACUUGUUUCCAUUUCUUGGACUUGCCAGGACCAGAUAUUUCAGCUGUUCUAACUACCCUGAAUACAGGUGUAUUCCCACAAAUACAGGUGUAUCCUCUUAUUCAGUUUUCUGACUGCUGCAGGACAGUAUGAUGUCACAGUUUUUAGUCUUUGUGCUUCCUUUUAGUACAAAAGUAUAAUUUGCAUAUAAACUUUCCUCUAUGAAGGUAAAUGGAUUUUUAAAUUAGAAAUGGAAUACUUAAAUUAUGGCAAGAAACAAUUGAAUAAAGACAAAAGUGGAGUGUUUUGAAGUACAUUUUAUCUUCACUAAACUACAUCUCUCACAAAGUGAACACAGAUCUGUUAACUCAUAUUAGGAAAAUAACAAAUCGGGUUCAUUCUGACAAUAAUAGUUAAUCUUUCAGAAUUUAAUGUCUUUUCAACCUGUUCACAAAAUUGUGCUUUCCAUAUUUCAAGUGGCACAUAAGAAAUUGGGCACAAAAAAGCAAAUUCUAGUCUGAAAAAUUGUUGUCAGUUUAUUAACGGUUUCGGGGGGUCACAUCUGAAAUCUUGCAGAAAGACAACAUGCCAUUCUUCCAAAACUCAAACAUGAUCUGGCUUAAAAAUAAAAAAGUGUGACAAGAAAAAGUUAACGUUAUUUAAAAACAAUAGCAAAUAUAAAAGCAAGACACCCUGGAGGUCCCUGGUAAGGAAACAAAUAUAAAAACCUGCAUGUUCACAUACAGCACGACAGUUUGCAACACAGUGAUCAUUUCAGCUGAGCACUUCAAGCUUUUCCAGAUUCAACGUAUUGGUGAAGUAGUAUAUACAAAUCAGUUAAUUAAAAUGAUUACAAAUAAGACAGAUAAAACAUGUUUUAAAUGCUACCAGGAGCAUCUACAAAACACUCUACUGCACUGACUCCUCCUUCUAAGGACAAAUGCUAUCUCUGAUAGUAUCUCUAGCAGUCUAAGCUAAUCAGUCUGUUGCUUACGGCCUUAGAUUUUAGGAAUGAUAAAGACAGUUUAACUACAAUACAUUUUCCAAACCUACAAAAGAUUUAAGACCAUUCUUCAGAGCACUGCAACAGUGUUUUCCCAGUAUUUAUCCUUCUAAAUGAAAACGAAGCACAGAAUUGAACAGUACUAUGUUAUCUGGAAGCAUCCAUGAAGUCCACGAAAAAAAAAAAAAGGUUUCAGAUGUUCCUGGUUUGUUUUGUGCACUAUCAGACUGAAAGACACAAAAUACUAUGCAAGACAUUCAAGAACUCAAGUUAGUAUGAGCACUAAGCUCAAAUACUGAAGUCGACAAUAAAUGCAUCAUAAUAGUUGCGCAAAUCAUUUCAGGUAGUGCUGUAAGCCAGCUAUUUAGUCAGAAAAAGUGGAUGAAUUAUACAAUUAUAAAUGCAUUUCAGAUUCAUUUACAAAGAAAUGUAACUCAAAAUGUCAACAUAUUUGUAUUUUAAAUAAAUUGUGGUUUAGUUGCUCACUUC